AUGCCUACUUUUAUCAAGAAAGGGGCAACAGGUAGGAUAAAUGCGGAACGACUUUAUGCUUUUAACAAGACCCUCAAGAAAGAAGCAUUGCGCGAGCGAACUUAUUGGGAGGUAAGUAAGGACAGUCACCCAAUUAACCGCUGGUCAUACCGUCGCUGGAAGGAGCGCAAUGAAGAACUGGCGAUAUUCGAGGAUAAGCUUGAAAAGGUGCCGAUCGACCAAAAGUUCAAGGUGAAGAAGUUGUUGACAGUAGCCAACAUAUCCGUAGUAGGCCCAAUGGUUUUAUUCCUGUACUUUGUCUUUUGCUAUUGGCGUCACCGUAUAUGGGGUAUUACUCCAAUUGAUGGCGCAGGUGCUAUUGCAAGAGGCGUGCAGAACCUUCCAAGGCCACCCGGAUAUUAA